AGUCAGUAUUUUUCGAAACAAAAGAUUUGGCGGGGAUCUUUCUUAAACCCGCAUUAAACCCUAACUAGGGAGAGAUUUCACAAGCAACAACAAUGGCGACGGCUGGAUUAUAUCGUCGUGUUCUUCCAUCACCUCCCGCCAUUGAUUUUGCUUCUACUGAAGGCAAGAAACUUUUCAUAGAAGCUGUUCAAGAUGGAACAAUGGAAGGUUUUUUCAAAUUGAUUUCUUACUUCCAAACGCAGUCCGAGCCUGCUUAUUGUGGAUUAGCUAGCCUUUCGAUGGUCUUAAAUGCGUUGGCUAUCGAUCCUGGGAGGACUUGGAAAGGACCAUGGAGAUGGUUUGAUGAAUCAAUGCUAGACUGUUGCGAGCCUCUAGAAAAAGUUAAAUCUAAAGGGAUUCCCUUUGGGAAACUCACUUGUCUGGCUCAGUGUGCUGGUGCAAAUGUUCAAGCUUUUCGUACGAGUGAGAGUUCAAUUAGUGAGUUUAGAAAUUACGUCAAGGCAUGCUCCAUCUCAGAUGAGUGUCAUGUCAUCUCAUCCUACCAUAGGGGGAUUUUCAAACAGACUGGAACUGGUCACUUCUCUCCUAUUGGUGGUUAUAAUGGUGGAAGGGACAUGGCACUGAUUCUGGAUGUUGCACGUUUUAAGUACCCCCCUCACUGGGUCCCUUUAUCUCUUCUUUGGGAAGCCAUGGAUACGGUUGUUGAAGCAAGUGGCCAACGCAGAGGGUAUGUACUCGUAUCAAGACAACAGCAUGAGCCAGGACUUCUUUAUACCUUGAGCUGUAAGCAUGAAAACAGAGCUAGUAUAGCGAAGUACUUAAUGGAGGAUGUACCUCUUCUUUUAAAGUUAGAGAAUGUGAAGGACAUAGAGAGUGCCAUCUCUGCUGUUUGCAUGUCUUUACCUUCAAACUUUAGGGACUUUAUUAAGUGGGUAGCUGAAGUUCGAAGGCAUGAAGAUGGUGGUCAAAGUCUAAGCCAGGAGGAAAUGAAAAGGCAUUUGCUAAAGGAAGAGCUACUCAAACAAGUUCACGAUACUGGUCUAUAUAAGCAAGUGACUAAAUUUCUAGCCUCACUAUUUAUGUGUUCCAGAAAAAGUGACAUGUUGGGUCAUGAGCACAGUUUAUCUGAUGUUGCAGCGGCUGUUUGUUGCGAGGGAGCAGAGCUUUUAACUGGUCAGCCUGGAUCUUCUGGUGGAUUUUGUUGUGAGAAAACAUGUGUGAAACAGAUAAGGGGUGAUGGUGGCAAGCCUGUGACUCUUGUCUCAGGAACAGUAAAGGAUGGUGCAAGCAAGCAAGGAUUGCAAAUUUUGGUCCCUGUAACUCAACAACAAUCCAAUUGCUGCUCUGACCCAAACUGUUCUGGAAUGCACCCUGCUGGAAAUGAUGUUCUAACUGUACUUUUGCUUGCACUGCCAAUGCAAACAUGGUCUGGUAUCAAGGAUAAAAUGCUUGUCCAAGAUUUGACAAGGCUGGUUUCUACUGAACAUCUUCCCACUUUACUCAAGGAGGAGGUAUUGCACUUGCGACAUCAGCUAAUUCUUCUCAAGCAAUGUCAAGAUAAUGAGGUGGAUGGCCAACUUAGUGUAUCUACCGUGUAAUGUAUAUUCUUCUCUAACAUCUCACAUUUACUUUGGAAAACAAACCACGUCUACAAAUUGAUUGAACUUGGGAAUAGCUAUUUAUUCAUCUGACUCUUAAAGUUAGGUGGUCUCUAUGGGUUGAAAUCCCUUUCAUAAUGAUCAUUAUAUGAGAUUAAGCACAGGUAGCUGAAAAGUCAUAGUGCUGAUUGAAACUUUGUAAAGUACUUUGUGUUGAUUAAUGAGAAAGAGAUGAUAUUUGAA